CCGAGUACAGGGCGCCGUCUGAUCCAUAUACGUGAUCUGCAACAAAAUCCAAUGCGGACUCAGAUUUUCGCCGAUACGAAGUCCGAAUCGGACUGGGAUAAUGCGCACGUACUACCACAUAAAAUCCACCCGUCGUCUCCUCGCCAUCGAGAUCGAUCGACUCCCGUCUCCAGCGAUGUCUCGCCGGAAGACAUCCAUAGCCCUCAUCGCGAACCCGCAGACGCGCGCUACGACCUACAAGAAGCGGAAGGCGGGGCUGAUCAAGAAGGCCGGGGAGCUCGCCACGCUGUGCGACAUCCCCGUCGCCGUCGUGUGCGCCGGGCCCGACGGCGGCGCGCCGACCGUGUGGGUGUCGCCGGAGGGCGGCGACGCCAUCGAGAGGUACCGCGCGCUGCCGGCGGAGAAGCGGGCGAGGCACACGCACGUGGCUUACCUCCAGGAGGAGCUCGACAAGGAGAGGGCCAAGCUCGCCAGGCUGCGGCAGAAGGGCCGCCCCGGCGAGCUCGACCCGCCGGACGCCGUGCUGGACGGGAUGUCCCAGGACGAGCUGCAGCAGCUGCUCGCGUCCAUCGACGCCACGCUGCUGGCUACGGCCAAGAGGCGGGAGGCGCUCGGGUUGCUGCCCGGCGCCGACGACGACGCGGACGGCGGCGGCCGGCGGCGCGACGCCGACGUCGCCGGAACCAACUCCGUCGGCGUACACGGCUACCAGCACCAGGAGGUGCAUGCACCGGCGACAUGUGACCCCUUCCAUCCGUACAACGCCGGCGUGACGCUGAUGCAGCCAGGGUACAACAACGCCCAGUACAUGGGCGGCCAUGGCGCCGUGGACAUGAGCGGCUACCAGCUGCAGAUGCAGAUGCCGGGCAAUGGCAGCAACAACCACAGCCGGCUCGCGUGGGGAGGCUUCCAGCCAUGCAACGCCACCUUCGUCCAGCCCGUGUACGGCAACCUCCAAUGCUGGUACAACAAUGUCGUCGACGGCAACGGCGAGCCCUGCGACGCCAUCGUGCCAUCAGCUGGUGACCCCUACAUGGACAUCGCCGGCAACGACGUCUACGGCAACCAGAUGCAGCCGGCACCGGCGGCCAACGGCGGGUGGCACGAUCCGGGCACGUGGGGCUACGACGGCGGCGAGCCGUGCAAAGCCAUCGUGCCAUCAUUUGGUGACCCCUACAUGGGCAUUGGCGUCUACGGCAACCAAAUGCAGCCGGCGCCGGCGCCGGCGGCCAACGGCUGCUGGCACAAUCCGGCCGGCACAUGGGGCAACGACGGCGAGCCGUGCAACGCCAUCGUGCCAUCAGCUGGUCACCCCUACAUCGACAUCGAGUGCGACAUCGACGGCAACUACAUCGACACAACCGUGUUCGAUUACCAAACCACCAGCACCAGCGACAACUUCAUGGACGCGCCCGUCCAGUUCAUCGCCACGGGCAGUGACGAGAGCAUCGUCACGAACGUGGCCGGCUGCGACGAGACGGAGUUCUCCAUUGACGAUCUCCUCCAGUGCUCCGACGCCUCCCAGCAUUCUUCCGGCCUCGAGGAGCUGCAUUAUCUCAGUGAUCUGGCCGAUGGCUUCGACUUUGGAUGCAACUUCGACGUGCUAUUGGACUGAGUGAUCUGCAGUAAGGUCUAGAGUAGCCGUCGCAAUACGGUGAAACCCGGCAAUUUUGGACGCUGGAUGGCCGCCGGAUUCAACUGAUGUUGCCACCGCCGCCGCCAAGUUCCCGAGCAAUUUUCCUGGCCAACAAGCGAGGGACAUGGGGCUAUCUAUCUAUAGGUUUGAUGCAAGGAAAAGACCUUGUUGUUUUGGAAACCCGGCAGUUCAGCUCGGAGAAGACCUAGCAGUUCUGUCAGACCGGCAGCUCUGCUUGGAGAAGAUCCAGCAAUUUUGUAGCUCUGCUUCGAUGACCCGAUAAUAUUGUAGGUUAGAUUGGAUUGAUCCAGCAGUUUUAGUAGUCUGGAGAAGAUCCGGCAAUUUUGUAAACUCUGCUUGGUUGAUCCAUCAGAUAUGUAGCCACCUGGCAAUUUUGUACCUCUGCCUUGAUGUAAUCCUGGCAAUUUUGUAAUGUACAAAAUACCACAUGCUAAUUUUAUUGUUAAUUUAACUCGUAUCUUGUGGCAACAA